AUGGCAAAGAAAAAGCUUUUGCCUAAUCUCUCGAAAGAGGAGAAAAUGGUGAUAGUGAUAUCUGAGAUAAUACAAGAGCUAUUAGUAGCGCAUCGCCAAGGCAAGGAUGUUAACCUCAACAAAAUGAAAACAAGGAUUUCAUCCAAGUAUGGACUUGGAACGUCACCGAGACUUGUAGAUAUCAUCGCAGCGGUACCUGCCGAUGCUAAAAAGAUACUGCUACCGAAACUGAAAGCGAAACCUAUUCGUACGGCGUCCGGGAUAGCAGUAGUUGCUGUUAUGUGCAAGCCACAUCGGUGUCCUCAUAUUAAUUUCACCGGAAACAUCUGCGUAUACUGCCCGGGUGGCCCCGACUCCGACUUUGAGUACUCUACUCAGAGUUAUACAGGGUAUGAGCCGACAUCUAUGAGAGCCAUAAGAGCGAGAUAUAAUCCUUACUUACAAACUCGUCACAGAGUAGAACAAUUGAAACAGCUUGGUCACAGUGUCGAUAAAGUCGAAUUUAUCGUAAUGGGUGGUACUUUCAUGAGUCUGCCUGAAGAUUAUAGAGACUAUUUCAUAAGGAAUCUUCAUGAUGCCUUGUCUGGCCACACAUCAAGCUCAGUGGCUGAGGCCGUAAAGUAUUCUGAGAAGGCUAAGACAAAGUGCAUUGGCAUCACAAUAGAGACCAGACCUGAUUAUUGUCUUCAGAGACAUAUGAGUGAUAUGCUCAACUAUGGAUGUACUAGGUUGGAAAUUGGUGUACAGUCUGUGUAUGAAGAUAUUGCCAGGGAUACAAACAGGGGACACACUGUCAAAGCAGUUUGUGAGAAUUUCAACUUGGCUAAGGAUGCCGGAUAUAAGAUUGUAGCACACAUGAUGCCUGACCUACCAAAUGUCGACUUUGAAAGGGACGUAGAACAGUUUAUUGAAUUCUUUGAAAACCCAGCAUUCAGAGCAGAUGGUCUUAAGAUAUACCCAACAUUGGUAAUCAGAGGUACAGGAUUGUAUGAGCUCUGGAAGACAGGGCGAUACAGGAGCUAUCCUCCGUCAACUUUGGUGGAUCUUAUUGCCAAGGUACUUGCACUUGUUCCUCCGUGGACUAGAGUUUACAGAGUGCAGCGAGACAUUCCGAUGCCUCUGGUAUCUUCAGGUGUGGAACAUGGAAACUUGAGAGAGUUAGCUUUAGCUCGAAUGGCUGACUUGGGCACUGACUGUAGAGAUGUGAGGACUAGGGAGGUGGGCAUACAGGAGAUACAUAAUAGGGUCAGGCCUUAUGAGGUGGAACUUAUUCGUCGCGACUACACAGCGAAUGGCGGGUGGGAAACAUUUUUGGCUUACGAAGACCCAGACCAGGAUAUAUUAGUGGGUCUAUUGCGACUUAGGAAGUGUGCUUCGGAUACGUACAGGCCGGAGCUGAAGCCUGGACCUAAUGCUAACUUCAAACAGUGCAGUAUUGUGAGAGAGCUGCAUGUUUAUGGAUCUGUAGUGCCUGUAAACGCACGGGACCCAACAAAGUUCCAACACCAAGGUUUUGGCAUGCUCCUCAUGGAGGAGGCUGAGCGAAUCGCUAAGGAGGAACACGGAUCUGACAAAAUAGCGAAAAGUGAAGUAUAUUUCCUGCCCUUAAUUUAUUCACCUUAUUCACCGCUCGACACCUCAUUAAAUGCUCACUCCCACAUAUCCUGUUCCUCUCCUUGCAGACCGGACCCGCCGAUGUCGAUUAAUCCGACGGAGAUUUAUCACAAGCAUGUAGGUAUGCUACCGAACUACGCAGGUCACGUUCCUGGAUGCAUGUUCAGAUUUGGGAAGACGUACGGGAAUGAUACUCGGGAUGCUAAGCGCUGGUUGCGUGGUGACUUUGCACCGUAA